AUGUCUCUCAUCACUGUAUCUGCACUUGUUAACGUUGACGCCUCAUUUGUUUUCCCUCCCUAUGGCUUACCCGCCAAGAAGAAAAUAUCAGUCUACAAGACCAGCACGGUUGGACAGUAUCAAAUAAUAUAUGACGCCGUUUUCAGAAGCACGCCCGUGGUUACGGUUACACAAGCUUGGCUGGGAUGGGGAAAUGGCGACGCUCUUACUCUUGAUAACGCCACUAUCAACGAGAUCAACAAAACCUAUCCGACUGUGAAAUUGGGCAAUGCCCAGGGAGUUGGGACGUGGCGUGCUUUCACUAUUGUGCUUACUGGACCUGGGAAGCCGGAGUUUGAUGAGGAAGAGGCCCAUGAUGUGUCAGAAGCGCUUGCGAAAGAGGCGCUAGAUAGACUGGGAACCGUAGUUUAUUCGAUGGCGCCCGAGUCCCUACUCAUAGAGCCCAACACCUGA